AACUUGAAAAGCCAAAUGCGUCAUCAUCAUCAUCAUCAUAUAUCUCGUAAUCGCGUAAUCGACUUGCCAGGGGGAGCAGCGAGCGCGAGCAUUUUUGCCAUUUUAUUUUCGGACUGUGAAAGCGUGGAUCGACGGUUCUCCUAAACCGGUAUUGCAAAACAGCUGACAUGGCGCAGAAUCUUGUUCAGUGCUACAACACGGGUUGCCUGGAGAAAUUCGACCCUAACAAGAACACGGCAGACGCCUGCACGCAUCAUCCGGGUAAACCGGUCUUCCACGAUGCCUACAAGAGCUGGUCCUGUUGCAAGAAGAAAACCACAGAUUUCACCGAGUUCCUGAACAUCAAGGGGUGCACAAAGUCCUACCAUCGGGACCAGAAACCGGUGGAGUCUCCUAAACCCGAGCGGAAAACAGACGCAGAGAACCAAAAUGUGAACCCAGACAGGCCCCCCGAGGCCCCCCGCCCCACUGUCCCUCUGGUCAGGCCUGACGAAAAUCAGCCCCUAGUCUUGCUGCAGAGCUCCGUAGGGUCGUCGCUGGUGCCGUUGCUGAGCAAGCUGUCCCUCGCCAAGAAGGGAGAGGCCUCAGAGUCUGAAGCUGACACCACUGUUUCCCUGGGCACAUCCUGCAAGAAUGCUGGUUGCCAACAGUCAUACCAAGGGGAGCAGAGCAACCUCGAAAUUUGCCUCUACCACUCGGGAUUUCCAAUUUUCCACGAAGGGAUGAAAUACUGGACCUGUUGCCAGCGGAAAACGUCAGACUUCGCAAACUUUCUGGAGCAGCGGGGAUGUACUUCAGGCAGUCAUCUCUGGAUUAAAAAGAAGAAUGCGGAGGGUGAUCAAGCGACAUGUCGCUACGACUGGCACCAGACUGCCUCCCAUGUGGUGGUGAGCAUCUUUUCCAAGGUGCCGAUCCCAGAGCUCUCCCGCGUCGAGGCCAACCCGGUCAAGCUGCACCUGCACAUCACCUUCGGCGAGGACCGCUGUCUCUUCAGCCAGACGUUCCUGCUCUCCGGGGUCAUAGACGUUGAAAAGAGCUGCGUGCAGUACCUGGGAACCAAAGUAGAGGUGAAGCUCAAGAAAGCUGAACCCAUGAGCUGGAGACAUCUUGCGGUGCCCCAGGCCAAACAGACUUCCGCGCAAGACGGUGAAGGGGAUAACGACAGCGCGUGACAGCGCACGCUUCGUGCCGACAUCCGACCAAGUUGAAAAUGUUCAGAAGCGGUGUUCCAGUUACACCCCUCCCCUCCGGAUACCAGACUGGGUGCUAUUAAAUAAUUGUUGAGAAAAUA